UUCCCAAGUAGCGAGACCAAAGACCCAUCUGAUUGAAAUAUUUUUUACAAGAAAAUAUCAGUUGGAACUUAAGGAACAAAGAAACCAAAUUUACAACAUUAAACAAUCAGGAUGGUUCCAAGUGCACCAUCACUGUUCUCUGUUUUCUUGCUAUUUCUUUUGGGAUGUUUCAACCAAACCAACGCCCAGGAAAAUAGCCAUUUUUGCAAGGAUACAAUCCAGACUUUGGUAAACACAACAAGAAGAGUCAUAGAAACAGAAAUACUUGAUUUCGAACGAUGUACCAGAGUGAACGAAGAUCGAAACAUGGAAAUUUUGGAAUACAAGGCCGAAAAAGGUUUCUGCAAAAUUAAAUGGAACCACAUAGUUCAAAAGCCAACCAGAGAACUUCGCAAUAUCACAGUUGAUGUGUGUUGCAGGGGUUGGUCAGGAGAAAACUGUGACCAAGCUGUUUGCAGCCGACCUUGUCAACAUGGCAGUAAAUGUAUUGGUGACAACAAAUGUGACUGCUCUAAUACUGGAUACCAAGGAGAUGAUUGCUCUGAGGCUAUUUGUGUUAGGCCUUGUCGGAAUGGAGGUCAUUGCACCGAACCGAAUGUAUGCCAGUGUUCCAAAGAAUACAGUGGAAAAUAUUGUGAAAUUCCUGUCUGUGAACCUGCCUGUAUACAUGGUUAUUGCAUUGAACCAAACAAAUGCAAAUGCUUCCAAAGUUAUACUGGACCAACCUGUGCUGAAGAGGAUUGCGGUGGAGAAUGUAUGAAUGGAGGCAGUUGUAAUCAGUAUGGCCAAUGUACUUGUCGGUAUGGUUUUACAGGAGAAUUUUGUCAACGCCCUGUCUGUGAUGUGCCAUGCUUAAAUGGUGGUACAUGUUUCGCACCAAACCAAUGUACUUGCCCACCUGGUUUCACUGGAGCUACCUGUGCUAUCAAUAACAUAAUGUUGCAAAACCAAACAUCAAAAGCCAAGCCUGGUGAAUUUGAAUCAAUAUUUGAUGCUGAAGGUUACUCUAUGUGUACCUCCUGGGGUGAUCGACAUAUUGUCACUUUCGAUAAUGUAUACUACUAUUUCCCUGGUAAAGGAACUUACACGCUUUUCCAAGAAUGUCAAAAUUCUGAGCCAAGUUUUCGGGUACACAUCAAUCAUACAUACAACUGUGAACCAGGUCGACAUUGCCAUGUUGAACUGAAAAUUACUAAUUUUGACACAAUGAUCAGUGUGCGACCGGACGGUAAAGUUUACAGCAAUGGCUCAAUCAUCUCACUUCCACAUCAAGUCGGAGAUUUGGAACUUAGUGAAAUUGCCAACUAUACAGUUGUGAAAGGAAUCGAUGAUCUUAUAAUAUUAUAUGAUGGACUAAGCAGUGUUUAUGCCUUUGCUCCGCCACAAAUGUUGGGUAAACUGUGUGGUUUAUGUGGCCAAUUUGAUGGAAAUAAAACCAACGAAUUUGUAAACUAUGUAAGGAAGCCAGUUGCCACUAAAGCAGAUUUCAGCAAUGUCUGGCUUGACCCAAUGGAACAACGAACAAUUCCAGCUGUGAAAGAAGAUUCAGUCCAUCCUUGUGUCAGACUGCGGAAUAAGUUUUCAAAAGCAGCAGACAACGUUGAAGCCUUUUGUUCGGUUUUUAGUCUUGACUACGUGGUUUUCAAAAAAUGUCAUAGUACCGUUCCACCUGAUGAAUAUAUUGCAAUGUGCAGUCGUGAAAUGUGCACUUGUUUGCUGAAGAAUAGUCUUCAAGAAUGCAGCCAUAAGCGAUGUGAGGUAGCCACGCAGUAUGCUAGAGCUUGUAGUCAUCAUGGUAAAAUCAUGAAAUGGAGAUCAAAUACAUUUUGCCCUCCUCAUGCCUGUCCAAAGAACAUGGUUUUCAAAGAAUGCAGUAAGAACUGUCGUCAGUCUUGUGGUAGUGAAGGCUUUGAAGCAGAAUGUGAAGAAUUUUGUGUUGAUGGCUGUUUCUGCAAAGAAGGCACACUUUGGGAUACGUCAACAUCAUCUUGUGUCCAUAGAGGAGACUGUCCUUGCUACAGAGGAAAUGAUCAACGAGCCUAUCCAAUUGGUACCUUGGAGAAAAGUGGAUGUGAAAGUUGUACUUGUGCAGAAGGAGGUCGUUGGAAUUGUAUCAUGAGCAAAGAUUGUCCAGGAAUAUGUACCUUGUCUGGUGAUCCUCACUUUCAGACUUUUGAUGGCAGACAGUUCUUCUUUGAAGGAGAAUGUGAAUAUGUACUGUCUCAGUACCAGGCCAAAGAUGGUGGUGAGAGUUUUGCAGUUUGGAUUGAGAACAAAUAUUGUAAUAAAAUCACUGAUGCUGUCUGCACCAAAGUUGUCACAAUUAAAUUUGGAUCAAAGAACAAUACUCAAAUUAUUCGACUACGCAGUUUCAAAGUUGAAGUAAAUUCCAUGUCGAUUGGUUUACCUUACAAAGAUGAUGAUGUUGUCAUUCGUAAAGUAUCCAAUAUCCUGAUUCGACUGACUGCCAGCAUUGGUCUUGAUGUUCUCUGGGAUGGACGUACAAGAAUUUAUUUGAAACUUAGCAACAAAUAUCAAGGAAAGGUUACUGGAAUGUGCGGUAAUUUCAAUAAUGAUGUUAAUGAUGAUAACUUGACUCCUAAUGGAGAAAACGAGUUUAAUGUGACAAAGUUUGCUAUGGAAUGGAAAACUAACACAGCUUGCAAUAGUCGUCCUUCAACUAUUUACCUUGGAGCUUGUGCUCUAAGUAAACAGUACGAGAAACUGGCUACAGAAGUCUGUAACAAAAUGUGGAAAGAAGAAUCCUUUAAAUCUUGCCACUUUGCUGUGAACCCUGGUAAAUUUGUUGACCAAUGCAAACAUGAUGUCUGCAUGUGUGGUCAGCGUCAUGGAGAUCCCAGAGAUUGUGAAUGUGCAGCUUUUGCCACUUAUGCACGAGCCUGUGUCUUGAAGGGCAUCACAUUGAACUGGAGACAAAGCAACCUUUGUUUCAUCAACUGUACAAAGGGUAUGAUUUAUCAGGAAUGUGGUUAUAACUGUGACCAAACUUGUCGAGGAAUUCAACCAGAGAAAUGUGAAGAAGAAUGUAUUGAAGGCUGUAAUUGCCCACCUGGAGAAAAAUAUGAUGAAGAAGAUAAUGUUUGUGUGCCAGUUGAAGAAUGUAAAUGUUACUACAGAAAUGAAUAUUACGAACCAAAAUCUUCCAGACAGGAAUUGUGUAAUGAAUGUAUCUGCAUUGAUGGUCACUGGCAAUGUACUACUGAAAGCUGCAAUGUUAAUGAUUUAUGUUCUGGUGAUAUGGUAUGGAGUAACUGCUCUGAUUGUAUUCGAACUUGUGAUAGCCUCAAUGUUGAUUGUGUUGCUACAUGCAGCCAGCAAGGUUGUAUCUGUCCUGAAGGUAAAGUACAACUCAACAAAGACAGUCAAAAAUGCAUUGAACCCACUGAGUGUCCUUGUAAUCAUCUGGGAUACCAGUACAAAAAUGGGGACAAAAUUAAAAAAGACUGCAACCAAUGCUAUUGUAAACAUGGAACCUGGAAAUGUACUGAACGUCAUUGUGCAGCCACUUGUGAAGCAUUUGGAGAUCCUCAUUAUGUGACAUUUGAUGGGAAACCAUACAACUUUCAGGGAGCAUGUGCUUAUAUCAUAGCUCAGGAUUUCUGUAAUGAAACAGGAGGAACUUUCCAAGUGACUACAGAAAAUGUACCCUGUGGUACCCUUGGCUAUUCUUGUACCAAAUCUGUGAAAUUCCUGAUUUAUGACACCAUUAUAAAUUUAGCAAGAGGGACCAAUAUAACAUACACAAUCAACAACAAGGCUCCCGAAGGCACACCCAUGGCAAAUUUUACAAUUAAAGAAGUCGGAACUUACAUUAUGAUCGAAGCUCAUGGCAUCACUCUUGUAUGGGAUAAGAGUAUGAGGUUAUAUAUAACAUUAGAAAAUAAAUAUAUGGGCCGAGUGUGUGGCCUUUGUGGAAACUAUGAUCAAAUUGCUAAUAAUGACUUCAGGGACAAAAGCUCUUUCCCAGAACAUACACAAAGUCCCUUGGCAUUUGCUAACAGCUGGAGGGUCAGAGAAUCUUGUGCCAUUGUUGAUAAAGAGCUUCCGAAUCCUUGCGUAUUGAAUUCACAUCGACAGUCUUGGGCAGAAAUGUCAUGCAGGAUAAUCCUGGGCAAAAUAUUUGAACCAUGCCAUUCUUCGGUGGAUCCAAAUUGGUACUACACUUCAUGUCGGGAUGAUUCUUGUUCUUGCGAUAGAGGUGGUGACUGCCAGUGUUUCUGCACGGCUGUUGCUGCAUAUGCUGCCCGCUGUUUGAGAGCUGGUAUUUGCAUAAACUGGAGAGCACAUGAAAUGUCCACAUCUGAAGAAGUUUGUGGAAUUCAGUGCCCCACCGGUCGGGAAUAUUUCCCAUGUCACUCCUCCUGUCCCAAAACAUGUGUAGACUUUGGGAAAAAAGAUUUUAUUUGUACUACUGGAGAAGUUGAAGGUUGUUUCUGUCCAAAUGGCACUUAUGAACAAGACGGUGAUUGCGUUCCAAUUAGCGAAUGUUUCUGUACUGAUCCAUCAACUGGAAAGACUUAUAAACCUGGUACAGUGGUUAUGAUGAACUGCAGGAAAUGUACCUGCUUUGAAGGAGCAUUUAGAUGUCAAGAGGGACCUGGGUGUGAUACCACAACACAGUUCCCAUCUACUACUACAGAGCUUUGUGUUGGUGAUGACAAAAUGUUCUGUGACGGAUUCUGUGCUACUAUCUGUGAUGGAAACAGAGAAUGUCUUUAUGAUCUUGAUGAAAUCAACUGCACAUCUACGACAGUGGCACCAACAACUCUGUACACAACUCUGCCAACACUUACAAGUUUCUCAUCUUAUCAGACUGGCACUGGAUUUUCUUUAACAACACCAUUUGGGUCUACAACUCCACCAACUACUAUAGAGUGCAAAUAUCCUUACAUCAAAACUCCUUGUAAGAAGAAAUGUGAAAAUUUCUGUCAUUCAGUAGCACCACCAGAUGGAUGUAACAAAAAUGAAACUUAUCCUUGUGUUGAAGGUUGUGAUUUAGCACCAGGCUUUGCUAUAGGUCCUGGCGGUCCAAUUAAAGAACUCAUGUGCAGUUGCAAAGAUGAAGUGAAUAAUGUAACACGAGAGGCUUAUGAAAAAUGGAACCGAGUCUGUGACAUUUGUGAAUGUUCCAAUAACACAGUUACUUGUACCAAUCGCUGUGGUAUUAUAACUUGUCCUCCAGGUUUGGAACUCAUGACUCCUGCUGGAAAAUGUUGUCCUGAGUGUGUACCAAUAACUACCACAUCACCAUAUGUAACAACACCAACAACCUUUGUCACAUUAAACGGAACACAAACGACAAUAUCUCCCUCCAUGCAAACAUACCCAUCAGUACCAUCAACUACACCUGAAGAAUGUAUUGUUGUGGAUUGGAUGUCAUCUAUGGAUCCACUUUUGAUACCUGAUGAGCGAAUACAAGGCUACCCAACUGAAGUAGGCAUAGCUUCUGAUGCUAGAAUUAACAGACCUGGUUGGGCCGUUCCAGUUGACUUAGUGUUGCAUCCUAUACUUAUUGUCAUUGUGGCUACAGAUGACGAACCACUUGUUGAAGUACUUAGCCAAAAGCUUGUAACAAAUGCCAAGAAAUAUGCAGUUUUUAUUAAGACUAAAGAUAAUGAAGAAUGGGCUGCUGUGGACCAGAAUAAAGAAGAGUCUUACUUUACAGGAGAUGUACUGUAUAAAUUUCCCUCCAAAACCUUCAUCAGAGUUUUGAAAAUUGUACUAUUAGAACCUUUGGUAAGUACAGAGAAGGUGUACACAGUCCAACUGAUUCUUAAUGGUUGUGAGCAGCCUUCAUUGACUACACCGCAUACAUCGACUUUGUCAUCAACAACACCUACUCUUUGUGACAAACCAAAUGAAAUUCAUGACAUCUGCCGCUGUACACCAACUUGUGAAGAUAUCCUUGCUGGACGUGAAUGCAAAGUGAAAGCUGAUCAAAUUGACAGCUCAGGUUAUUGCUGUCAGUGCACUGAGGGUAUGAUAUAUAAUGCCACUGGCUUUUGUAUAAAGGAAGAAACCUGUGUAUGUACUGAUGAUAACAGAAACCAUCCAUUCAAGCCUCAUGAGAAAUUUAUUCAGAAAGGUGAAGAAUGCAACAAAGAAUGUGUAUAUGAAUACAACUGUACAUUGGAGUGUGUACAUAUUUGCAACUUGGAAUCUUGUGCUGAAGGUUUUGAGCUGGUUUCUCCUCCAGAUGAAUGUUGCUCAUGUGUUCCAAUAACCACUAUAGCUCCAUCAGCUCCUACUACCACCGGUGUAGAUUGUCAUUGUCCAUCUGGGACAUUCCCAUGUCAUGAUUGUUCCCAAUGUUUGCCUCACCAUCAUCGCUGUAACAGAAUUGUCGAUUGUGAAGAUGGGUCGGAUGAGAAAGAUUGCAAAUGUCUAUUCAAUGGAACCAUUUACGAUGAUGGUGACACUUGGCAAGUAAAUGAUUGCUUAAAAUGCCAAUGUAAAUCACAGGAUGCUAUAUGUAAGAAGACUUGUCCCAUAACAACAUGUCCACCAGGAUAUUAUUUAAAUCUCUACGAGAACGAAGACAGGUGCUGUGAAUGCGUACAAAUCCAGUCAACAACUCCAAAUGUUCCCUACAAGAGAAACUGUACGGUAAUUAAUGGAACUUACGAAGAUCCCUUGUGUCCAAAUGAAUGCAUCAUUGAAACGAGUGAGUGUGACAGCAUCUCAUGUACUGAAAAACUGAUAUCAUUAAAAGACUUUGGAACAGAAUUUAUUAUGAAAUCUUCAAAUGAAGAUGCAAUAGAUGCAUUUUAUAGCAAUAAAUCUUGGGUCAUUGGAAGCACGAAUGAAGACCAGACGAUUGAAAUAUCUGCCAAAGAGGAUGUUACUUGGGUCAAACUAAAGUACAGUGCCUCACGUAUAAGACAAAUCAAAGUAACAUUUGGUGAUGAAAAAUUUUAUGCUGCAAGACAAGUUGUCAUUACAGAACCAGUGGAUGGCAGAUUAACCACAACAAUUACAUUUAAUAAUGGGAAUGGUGUUGUUGCUCGCCGAAUGAAAAUUACGAUAAUUCCAAUGAACUCAGAUGAACCAUCUAAACUCACAGCUGUUGAACCCUAUAUCUGUAGUGUACAUGAAACCACCACACCAAUUCCCAGAACAACUACCCCACUCCGUUGUAUUGAGAAUGAAACUCGCAUAUUGAAUGAGUGCUUCAAUGAAGUAUGCAUUGAUGGAGAAUUUCAAAGAGUACCUGCUUGUAACAAGAAGUGUGCAGAUAAUGAAACUCUUGUGAUCCGUGACAAGGAAUGUUGCCAAUGCGUGGCUUUAACUACACCAGUUACCCGUACAAAUGUCUAUACCACUAUCAGAUAUUCCUCAGGAACUCAAUGGGCGACUACACUUUUUCCAACCCAAGCAACUACAGUGUUUGUGAAGAACCUCUUGAACGUACGGACUGUAUGAAAGAAUGUACCAAGUGUCAUCUACUCGAACCAAAUUGUACUAUGACAGGCCCCUUCAUCUGUGAAACUGGAUGUGACUGCCCUGUCAAUUUAGUUUUCAAUGGAACACACUGUGUUUAUCCUGGUUCUUGUAUAUGCCUUGAUGA